AUGGAAGCUGAAAACAGUGAUGUGGAACAACCGCCACCAAAACGUCCGAGGAUGAAUGAACAACAACAAAUAUUUAAAAAUGAAUCAGAUGUUGAUUUUUCCCAAGAUAACUUAGAUUUUGAAGGAAAGUUUGUUGUUGAAGACAAGUAUUCAAAUUUUGUGACACCGGAAGAAUUAGAAAAGUUGAGGGAGUUUAAGGUGCUGGAUGAAGUGAAGUCAAAUGAUGAAGACAGCAACAAUGAGGAGUCUGACAGUUCUGAGGGCAAAUCUGAAGGAGUUCCCGAGGAGGAAAUUGAAAGAAUGCUCGAAGAAAAUCUACCUGAUAAUUUAAAAGGCGCGCCCAAACCCAAAGAAAAACCAUACGUAACCAGACAGAAAAUCGUACUGGAAGACAAAGGAGUGAAUCAUUUCGAAGUGUUGCCGUUAGACUGGAUGACCGUGCGACACUACAGCGGCAUGCCGGUGUACAUGCAUCGGACUACGCGCGUGUGCACGCUCUCCAGGCCUUACUUCUUGGGCAAAGGAAACACGAGGAGACACGAUAUACCCAUUAGUGCGAUACCCUGCCUGUCUUACAGACGCGCUUUGGAAGAAGAAGAAAAGCAGAAGGAAAUUGAUCGAAAAAUUCAGGAACAAAUAAGAAAUGGGACCUGGAUGAAUAAUGUCAGCCAAGGAAAUGAUAAUUCUAAAACGAAUUCUAAUAAUAAUGAAACUAAUCAAAAUACUAGUCCACAUGUACAAGAAGACACAAGCAGUAUUGUUGUAUCCUGUGAAAAAAAUAAAGUUGAAAUAGAGAAUAUGGAACAAGGCGAGUAUGAAACCAGUGGUAACAAAGAUAAAACCCAGGCCAUUAAAGUUGCAACAAGUGGUGUUAAAAUAAAUGAAGAAAAUGAAACUAAUGAAAAUAGUCAAAACGAUGAUAUAAGUAUGAGCACAGAAGAAAAAAGUCAACAAUGUUGCCCUUACAGUCAUGUGGCGCCAUCUAUAAAUAUAGAAGAACAUAAUCAACCAAGUUGUCCAUUUAGCCAGGUGGACUCAACUGACAAUAUAAGUAAUAAGGAACAAAAUCAACUGAGUUGUACUUUUAUUCAGGCGGUCCCAGAGGACAACAAAAGUACAGAAGAAAAAACUCAACCAAGUUGCCCUUCUAGUCAUACUGAUCCAACUGACAAUACUGGCACAGAAGAAAAAACUGGCCCUCACGAUACCGAGUCAGCCAACAAUGAUCAAUCUCCAGAAGGCAGCAAAGGGACCGAAGAUAUUCCAUUAAACAUACAGCCGGUUGUACUUCCAGGAGGUAUUGUAAUGCCACCACCUCGAGUAGAGUCCAUUAACAAUAGCUGGAAGACCCAACAUUUGACUCCGGAACAAAUCAAUGAUUAUUGCAAGAAACUGUUUAAAUUUAAAACAGUUAACAUUAUGCAUUUUAAUCGCUGGGCGGAUCGGCGUAAGUAUACCAAAGCCAGGAAGACGUUGCAGUAUCCGACGCUGCCAGAGGGAACGAAACUCAUUACAAUUCCAGCUCAGCCGGCAACAGGACAAGAGAAUGGUGGCAAAGCAGCCAAGAAGGACUGGGUGAUGAAUAUGAAUGGUCGUUGUUACUUGUCCGUAUUUCACGAGUACGUGUAUCGGGCUCUACAGAAGCAGCCCGUCUACGAAUUUAAGCAGCUGGAGAAUGCGGCGACGCCGUACCAGGCGACUGUGUACAUCGGCGGCAUGCAGUAUGGCGUGGGCUUCGGCACUAGCAAGCGGCAGGCCAAGUCUGCAGCCGCGCGCGCCUCCAUACACAUCCUCAUACCCGAGAUGAAAGACCAGCUCGAGCCCACGCCCGAACAGAACGAGCCGGACUUCACCUUCUUCGACUACUUGAGCAUCGAGGACCCGCGCAUCUCGGAGUUCUGCGCGACUACGUGCGAGCCCUCGCCGCACGCCAUUCUGCGCACCUGCCUGCUGCGCAACUUCGGCGCCGGCGACCGCCACAUACACACCGAGAUGAAAAAACUGGAUUACCAAAAGAUUGAGUUGACGAUGAAGGUUGGCAAGCACAGUGCAACUGUAGUCUGUAAGAAUAAGAAAUCGGCCAAGCAACGCGCCUCACAGUCGAUACUUCAAGCGCUGCAUCCGCAUGUCCGUUCGUGGGGCUCGCUGCUGCGGCUGUACGGGUCGCGGUCCGUGAAGAGCUGCAAGGAGAAGAAGCUGGAGGAGCAGCAGAUCACGCUGCUGCAGGACAAGGCGCAGCAGAACGAGCCCAACUACGCCGUGCUCGAGAAGUUGCGGCACGAGAUGCGCAAGCUGCGCGAGCGCGACGCCGCCGUCGUGCCCAUCGGCACGCUGCUGCUGUCUGCCGACCUGCCGCCCUCCGCCUCCGACCUGGACCACGUGCACUUGUGA